GGGGCGGGGCGCUGCCGGACGGGUGCGCGGUGACGUCUCGCGCUCCGUGUCCCCUCCCCUCCCGCCGCUCCCGGCCCCGCCGCGCAGCCCCGGGACCCAGCGGGACCCAGCGGGACCCAGCGGCACCGCUGCCCCCGCCGCCCGGCGAUGUGAGCCCUGACCGGGGCCCUCUGCCCUCCCUCCCUCCCUCCCUUCACCUCCCCGCCCGGCGCAGCGAACAUGGCGGAGCCUUCUGUUGAAUCUUCAAGCCCAGGAGGUUCAGCAACAUCUGAUGACCAUGAAUUUGAUCCAUCAGCUGAUAUGCUGGUGCAUGACUUUGAUGAUGAACGGACAUUAGAAGAGGAGGAAAUGAUGGAAGGAGAAACAAACAUCAGUUCUGAAAUAGAGGAUCUUAACAGGGAGAGUGACAUGCCCAUCCAGGAGCUCCUCAGCCGCUACGGCUACGACGGUUCCAUCCCACUGCAGGAAGAGGAGGAGGAGGAAGAUGAUGAAGAAGAGGAGGAGGAGGGAGAAGAUGAUGAUGAUGUUGAUAACGAUGACAACAGUGGCUGUAGUGGUGAAAACAAAGAGGAGACCAUAAAAGAUUCAUCAGGUCAGGAAGAUGAGACACAGUCAUCUAAUGAUGACCCAGCAGCCUCUGGUGCCUCUCAGGAUCCCCAGGAGAUAAUUCGCCCUCGUCGAUGUAAAUAUUUUGAUACAAAUAGUGAAAUAGAAGAGGAGUCAGAAGAAGAUGAGGACUAUAUUCCCUCAGAAGACUGGAAAAAGGAAAUCAUGGUGGGCUCUAUGUUUCAAGCUGAAAUCCCAGCUGGCAUAUGCAAAUACAAAGAGAAUGAAAAAGUGUAUGAAAAUGAUGACCAGCUGCUGUGGAAUCCUGACUUCUUACCAGAAGAUAAAGUGAUUGAGUUCCUGAAUGAAGCAUCAAGGAGGACAGGGGAUGAGAAAGGGCUCGAUGCCAUUCCUGAAGGGUCACACAUUAAAGACAAUGAGCAGGCUUUGUAUGAACUGGUCAAGUGCAAUUUUGACACUGAGGAGUCACUGCGAAGGUUGAGAUUUAAUGUCAAAGCAGCCAGAGAAGAAUUAUCUGUGUGGACAGAAGAAGAGUGCAGAAACUUUGAACAAGGGCUGAAAGUCUAUGGCAAGGAUUUUCAUGUGAUUCAGGCAAAUAAGGUACGAACAAGAUCAGUUGGUGAGUGUGUAGCAUUUUAUUACAUGUGGAAGAAAUCAGAGCGUUAUGAUUUCUUUGCGCAGCAGACCCGCUUUGGAAAGAAGAAAUACAAUCUUCAUCCUGGUGUAACAGAUUAUAUGGACCGUCUCCUGGAUGAAAGUGAGAGUGCUGCUUCCAGCAGAGCCCCAUCCCCUCCUCCCACAACCUCCAACAGCAGCACCAGCCAGUCCGAGCGGGAGGACAGCACGGCCAGCAGCAGUAACCAGAAUGGGGUGUCUGCUAACGGGCCAGGUGAGAUACCAAAUAAAGAUGAAGCAAAAAGUGAAGGAUUGCAUGUAAAUGGACCUUCCAGUGGCAAGAAAACACCUCACAUGGAUCUGGAUACCAAUGGGUAUGAGACUGAAAACCUUUCCAUUGACCCCAAACUUGCUCACUCAGCUUCGAGAAGUGAAAACGAUUUUGAAGAAAAAAAUGAAAGACCUCUAAAAAGAAGAAGAAUUAACAGCAAUGGAAAAGAGAGUCCAGGUUCUUCAGAGUUCUUCCAGGAAGCAAACUCACAUGGCAAGCUUGAGGAGCUAGAAACUUUGGAUGACUGAAUACUGGGAGCUGAUUUUAUUCCUUGGAGUAAAUUUUGGGUGUCUAAAAUUUUCAGGGUUGAUGGGUUACCUUACCAAAUCCAGUUCUGUAAAACAGUCUGCUGAGGAUUUUAGUAUUUUUUUUUUAUCCUACUACCUUCCAGUUGGCUCUUUUAUUAUUAUUUUUCCAGUGCUGAAAAGCAGUAGGAGAAUAUUCCAUUUCUCAGAGCUGACAACUGCAGUUCUGGGAACUCUUUAAGGCUCUUAAAAAUUGAGAAACAAAUCAGUGAGUUUCUGCAAAAAAACACUCCCAGCCUGACACAUUAAAUAAGAACCUUGUGUGUGAAAUAAUAAUACACCUUUUAAGCAUUGUACAAGUGAACAAAGCAUCCUAUUUGAGGCAGGGGCUGGUUCAAGAGUUGCAGGAAGUGAAAAUAAAGAAAUGAAUCACAGAAUGCCAGGAGGCACAGCAGAGGAGGCACAGAGACUCCAGAGAAAAGUGUCACCCCGUUGUUAAGGAACCCUUAUGAAUCCUGAAAGUUAUGAGCACAACUAUUUUUAUAUAUAUAGAAGUUUUAAAGAGGUAAAAAUAAAUAAACCAGGUCAGGUUUGUAUGUGUAAAAUUGUUGACAUCAAUGAUGUCUUUCCAUAUUCUUUAUCUGGGCAAAAGAAAUACAUUCUGUAUUUUUCCAGAUUUCUUUGUAGCCUUUGAAAGAUUUUUACAGUACUUAUGUCUUGAUUGAACUGUCCUUUCUUAAAACAAAAGCUUGUAUAAUUUUUCUUAACUUGUACAGUUGGUAAACUUUUAUGAGAGAAUUGAUACCCUGAGUCUAAUGUCAGCUGCCUUUUAUUUUGCUGAAGUCUUUUCUAAAAAAAAAAAACCAAAACAAAAAAAGAAAGAAAGAAACCCCAAACCAAACCAACUGACUGAAAAAAAUGCUUUUUAGUCACCAACAUGGUAUUCUCUUCUCUGCAAACAGCAGCAUUGGGAACGGUUACAAAUCACUUGAUCUUUGGAAACGUUUUUAUUCUUCCUUCUGUUCCACAGCAAACAGUGAUGCUAAAAACUUCUUCAGCCUGAUGCUUGCCUUGCACAAAGCCUCUUGUUAUAGAUUUAUUUUUUUCCUUUUGAGCUCAGAUGAGUUUCAUGGCAGCCAAAGGCUUCAGCUCCCUUAACCCUUGUUGUCCAGAAUCAGGUGUUUGAUUGUCCCUGGGUUUAUUUUCUGCCCUGUCCCAGCACAGGAAGGGCAGGAAAGGGGUCAGGCAGCUGGUACCUGUUGCUGAAGAUCUGAAAACUCUUGAGUGUUGGGGGAUUCCAGGGGGAGCAGGAGCAGCAUGGACACGUUUGUACCUUCAGCAGAGAGGUGGAGACUGGCGUGGGGCAGGAGUGAGAGGAAGGAAAACAGUUCCUAAGGGCAGGUGGAGGGGUCCUGCUCACCCCCCACCCCUGGACUCUUGGUGAGGUAGAGUUUACAUCCAUGAAAAACAGAAAGGUUUGUUUAAAUACUGUGUUUUGGUUUCUUUUCUUAUUAAGCCACAGCUACUAUAUUUAAAGAAAAAAUACUAAAAAUAGGAAAAAUUGUUCAUUUGUAUAAUUUCUGACUGUCCCUCUCCUCCUGGGGCUUCCAGGAGUGCUGUUCAUUUUCAACUGGUUAUUGUCUUUGCUUCGAGUUUACGAUGAGUCUUUAAAAACAUGAAUUGCUUAUAUUUUGAUUUAGACUUCAUGAGUCUUUAGGAUUCCAGUUUCAAAUCCCUGGCUCUAUGGUUUGAAACCCAAACCACCCACCUGCUAGGGGGGGGUUUGCUUCCCUUUCCAACUCCCUGUACUUGAACUUGAUGGUCAUUAAUGAGCCAAAUCCUCUGGCUGAGGGAUGAAUCCAGUGACUUUUCCAUUUGCUUUACUGAGAGCCCCAACCAUGGAGCCAGGUUGGGCUCCAGAUGGUUCCAGCCCAAGGGCAGUGCGGUUGCUUCCAGGAGUCUUUGUAACUCUAUUUUCAGUUUUAAUUUUAUGCUUUUUUUUUUUUUUUUUUUUCCUUUUCUUUGCAAGUUGGAAAUACUUCUGAAAAUCUAUAGGAAAUUUGUCUCAGGCUUGUGUGUGAAAUCCAGCACUGUGUGUAUCUUUCAGGAAUGUUGCUUUGUUGUUUUUAAUCUUCUUUUUUUUGGUGAUACAUAGACCUGACAUUCCAUAACCAACAACUCUGUAAUGCUCAGCUAGACUUUAAGACUAUUUAAUUAUAAUUUACUUAUUUUUUGGUUUGUUUAUGCUGGUGUUUUAUACAAUACUUUGUUCCUGUUCUUUCAAACUGCAGCCACUAUAACUUGAUAAGUCAUUGCACUACUAAAGCUAUUUAAAAACUUGUAAAAUUAGAGUAACUUUGGUUUCAUUUAAAAAACAACAAAACACCCAUCAGGAGCCCAGAGGUGUCUGAACAUGUUUCCAUCCCCCCUGGAACAGAUCACAACUUUCCUGUGACUCUUGGGGAUGGGUUUUGAGCAGGAUGGGGAUGGGUUCAGCUGGACAACACCCUCAAUCCCUGCUGGGCUUUCAGAAGGGUUUCAACACGGGAUAAAAA